AUGGAAGACUGGAGAAGAAUUGACAUAGAUGCAUUAGACCCAGAAGCUCAAAUAAUAGCUGAAGAAUUAAAACCAGAAGUCGCACCUGUUAGUGCUGAAGAAGUUCAAACUAGAAUAUCAACACUUCGUUCAUAUAUCUCCAAAGGUGCUUUUACUGAUGCCAUUGGAUUCCUUACUGAAGAUCCACCAUAUGGUGCAGAUGAUGCUUCAAAAGUGAGUGUAAACCAUUGA